GCUUCCGCCAACUCCAGCAUUUUCUUUGAUGGGGCGGGAUAGUUCCGCUCACUAGCCAAUAGGAGGAAAGGAGGGAAACGGCAAAAAAAAUUCAAAGAGUAGCUUGAAAGCUCACACCCUGAAUAACACUUAGUUGGUCUUAAAGUGCCAUUGGACUCUAACUUAAUCUAAAAUUAGGGGGAGAGGGAUAGCGUUGCCAAGGCAACCACCGACCGGCAAUCCUCAAGUCACUCCCGGUAGUGGAAGGGCGCAGUGCAUGAUGGUCUCUCAGCCCUAGCCUACGAAUCCCUCUGAGGCAGCUAUGGUGGUGGAGGUGUGCAGCUUCUUUGGAGUCUACCUUCUGUAUUGCACCAACCCACGUUACCAUGGCCGAGUUUAUGUCGGCUUCACUGUUAAUCCUGAACGACGAAUAGGUCAGCAUAAUGCUGGGAAGCGUCGUGGAGGGGCUUGGAAGACAAGUGGCCGUGGGCCUUGGGACAUGGUGCUGAUAAUUCAUGGCUUCCCCUCUGAUGUGGCUGCCUUGCGGUUUGAAUGGGCUUGGCAGCACCCGCAUGCCUCUCGCCGUCUCACCCACGUCACCCGUCGCACUUCAAAGGAGCGCCAGUUUGACUUCCACCUCCGUGUCUUAGCCCACAUGCUCCAAACUGCCCCCUGGUGCCGCCUACCACUCACCAUACGAUGGCUCAAGCAAGAAUAUCACAGAGACUUUCCUCCGGGCCUGCAACCUCCCUUACACAUGCCAGUAGCCUUUGGUCAAGUCCGUGCUGUCAGGAGAACCCAGGGAGCGAAACCAGAGUCCUCUGAAGAACUACCAGUGACUCCAGAAUGCUGCAGCAUCUGUCUAAAAAGGUUCCAGGAGGAGGAGGAGAACGAUAUCUCCUUGCGUUGUUUCCAUGCUGGCUGCUCCAUGGCAGCCCAUAUUAUUUGCCUGGCCCAAACCUUCCUACAGAAAGAACCAGAUCAGUUGCUGCCUAUAGAAGGGGAAUGCCCAUGCUGCAAGAAUCUUGUGCUCUGGGGAGACCUGAUUCGCCACCAUAAAGGGUGCUAUGGAGACCUAGAGGCUGACCCCGCCACCUCCUCCCAGGAACACUGGGCUGAUGAGCUGAACUGUGAUGGGGUUAGUAGAAACGCAUCUGAGGAUGACUCCUCUUCUUCAGUGGAAGAUGACCUUGGAAGCCUAGCAGUUAGACUGGGCCUUUCUUAAGCUUCCUGGAUGGCAGGGAGUCUCCUUACCUCUCUCCAGCUGGAUCCGGGCUUUUUAAACUCACCCCUUCCCCCACAAUUAUGUUUCAAGUGAGAAGACAAACUUAACUUUAAGUGGACCAUGUACAUAAAUAAAGAGACUGAGAUUGA